GGACAGUAGCCUUAGUUUGCCAGAGUGGGGCGGACAACUAUUUUGAUCGUCGGUGUAUGCGAAGCACCGCGAUAAUUUUCGGACAGGAUGCGUUCUGAAUUUGUGCAAAUUCGCUGACGACCGCCCGUUAUCUCUGUGGAAGUCUUUUCUACGAAACAGGAACAAGAAAAGUUAGUUUUGGUUAUCAGUGAACUUCGGAACACGCCCCACGCCGUUGAAAUUAAACCGGCCGAACUCAACCCCCCCUGAUAUGCAUGAAACGUAAUGUGUCACCUUUCACGUGUUUCCGUGGAUCUUUUCUAAAAGGGGCAAACUGUUGGAAGGAGUAGAACAUUGUUGAAUUUUGAUCACGACAUUUCAUAGCUAACUCGCAAAAUGUCUGCGACUUUGAAACCUUACUUGACAGCAGUAAGGAGGACACUUACUGCUGCCAUGUGUUUAGAGAAUUUCUCUUCCCAAAUUGUCGAAAAGCACAAUAAGCCAGAGGUUGAAGUGAGAGCUAGUAAGGAGCUUCUUUUGACUCCGAUAUUGAUCAGUAGAAAUGACAAGGAAAAGGUGCUGAUAGAAACCAGUAUAAAUAGUAUGAGAAUAAGUAUCGCAGUGAAACAAGCGGACGAUUUGGAAAAAAUUCUGUGUCAUAAUUUUACAAGAUUCAUGACAAUGAGAGCGGAAGAUUUUGUCAUUCUCAGGAGGAAGCCUGUAGAGGGUUAUGAUAUUAGUUUUUUAAUCACAAAUAUCCAUGUAGAACAAAUGUACAAACACAAAAUUGUAGACUUUGUUAUCCAUUUCAUGGAAGAAAUUGACAGAGAGAUCAGCGAAAUGAAAUUAUCUAUGAAUGCAAGAGCUCGCAUUUGCGCAGAAGAAUUUCUAAAAAGGUUUUAAUUCCUGGGACACAGUGUGUUACCAACAUAGCAAUAAUUGGAAACGUCAGGUCGCUAAAAGUAACAGUGCCCAUAAGCUGGUUAAUGCAGUUAGUACUAAUUUAAGGAUAACUUCCUGUACCCUGAACAACCCUCCACUAAAAAUGCCAAUUCCUGUUAUUCUCCAGUUACAAAAUCCACUAAAUAAAGUUUUCGAUUAAUUGGUGUUAUCUCCAGCUGUGUAAUGAGUAACAAGUCUGAGGUUUAUGUAAGUACAAUACGGUAUUAAUUCACUGCGUCGUUGUAAACUGUAAUAAAAGUAGGGGAGUGUAUCUCGUUUUCUCAAAGAAGUUGGAUAGAGUGGUGAACCGACAUCCGUUCAGAAAGCAUUUAAAAUUAAUUUUAUCGUUCGAAAGUUUGGGAUAUAAAAUUGUAAGAACGACUUUAUAAACUUUACACACUGCAAGGGUAGUCUGAUAGGACGAGGUCAGAUCUUUUUCGAGUCUAAACUUUUCCAUCUUGUAAUCGUGGUAUGCAUGAUCAAUCCAUAGUGUACAUUUUUAUGACAACGUACUAAGGAUCAAGAUGUUUUUCAACUGUAAAUACGGAAUGGCAUAUAAUCUUCACACAGAAUCCUUUUCUUAACAAAAACACUUUCGGUGAUGAAUUAAUAACGUAUAAUUUGAUAUUGAGUACUUUCGCGAGUAAAUCUAGCACAAAGAGAACGAACGCAAGAAUAUGGUGCAAAGUCGGGAAGGCUUGAAUUUCCGAACAUCGGGAAGUUUUUAACGGACAUUCCUAAUUGUGGAGCCGUCGUCUAUGUAUCAGUGCAUCGUUAACACUAGUAACUGUAAACACAACUAACGUCCACCGACACUGGGUAUUGUAAUAUGUUCGACAACUGCCAAAACACUAUUUAGCAUAGCGAAUCGAUCAAGGGACUGUAAUUACAAUGUUCUUAAACGGUACGAGUAGUUCUUAAGGUGUCUAUACUAUAAGUACCAUGAGAGCCGUACCCUCAUCACGGUGUAUUUAUAACGAACAGAGUGGUGUACUUUUGGAUUUUCAGUAAUUUCCAACUGAAGUUCAACGCUCGAACACUGUGGAACGCGCGUUUCAAUUUUUGCUGGAUGGUGUUCGAUUGUCCCUCUUCCCCCAUUUUAAUGCUAUUCGAGCUGGCGCUUACUCGAGAAAUGGUUUAGCAAUGAUCACGUGCUUCUCAGAGUAACAGACAAGACGGUGGUGUGUACGUAAUGCGUGCAAUUCCUUUUGCAUUUACAAAGUUCUAUUUAUCUUACGAAUCAUUGUAACCAUAUGAUUUAAUACUAAUGUAAAUACAAAUAAACGAGAAGAA